UGUCACUAUUUAAACCUUAGCUAGCACGCACUACUGUAAAACAGAGCAAGGGGGAAAAAGAAAGAAAAAAGUUAAAGAGAGGAAAAAUGAUUCCUCCAUGGUGGAUUCUCUGCUGCAGCACAUUGCUGUCCCUCGCACUGGUAUGGUGGUGGAACGAACUCCGUCAUGUAGCUCCGGUGAAGGCCCGUCUCGCCGGAACCGGUAAAAAACUGCCGCGGGGUCACAUGGGUCUCCCCUUCAUCGGAGACCUUCUCUCCUUCCUCUGGUACUUCAAGAUCGUCCGCCGCCCCGACGAUUUCAUCAAUUCCAAACGACACAAAUACGGAGAUGGGGUGGGACUGUACAGAACGCACCUGCUGGGCCAGCCGUCGAUCAUCGCGUGGACGGCGGAGAGCAGCAGGUUCGUUCUGCAGUCCGACGAGGCGUUCUGCCUCCACCGGUGGCCCACCAACGACCUGGUGGGCCACCACUCGCUGACGGCGGCGCUGGGGCAGAGUCACAAGCGGAUGAGGAACUUCAUUUCGGCGGCGAUCAACCAGCCCAGAGCUCUCCGCCGGAUCGCCCAACUCAACCAGCCGAUCAUCGCCGCUUCGCUCCGGUCCUGGGCCCAGAAGGGCACCGUCAACGGGUUUCACGAAGCCAGAAAGAUGACAUUUGAGAGCAUAGGGAAGCUGUUUGUGAGCUUUGAGCCAGGUCCUGUAAUGGAACAAUUGGACGGAUACUUCCAGGGGAUGAUGAAGGGAAUGAGGGCCACUCCUAUCAAUUUCCCUGGGACUUCUUUCCACCAUGCCCUCAAGUGUAGGAAGAGUAUAGAGUCGAUAUUCAGGGGAGAGCUGGAGAAGAGGAAGCAGAGAAACAGGGGAAGAAAGCAGGAAACAGAGGAGGAAGAAGAUCUCAUGGAUGGGUUGAUGGAGAUAAGGGACGAGAGAGGCGACUUGUUGAGCGAUGAGGAAGUGGUGGAUAACAUCGCCAGCCUUGUCGUCGGCGGCUAUGAUUCCACCGCUCUUUCCUCCAUGUGGGCUCUGUACUGCCUCGCCAAGCAUCCCGACGCCCUCUCCAAACUUCGAGAGGAGAACAUGGGUCUGAAGACGGAGAAAGGUGGUGAGGAUUACAUAACCUAUGAUGACAUCUCAAAGCUCAAGUACACAAAGAAGGUGGUAGAGGAAAUACUGAGAUUCGCGAAUGUCUCUGUUUUCGCCUUUCGAUUAAGUGAUAGGGACGUGGAGUUUAGAGGCCACGUCAUUCCCAAAGGGUGGAAGGUGCUGUGCUGGCUUCGCUACGUUCAUACGGAUCCAAACAACUUCGAUGAUCCGUUCUGCUUCAAUCCAGACCGAUACGAUGUAAGUGUAAAGUGGAGUGGGUUUCAAGCAUUUGGAGCGGGAGCGAGGAUUUGCGUCGGGAACAUGUUCGCGAGGACGCACCUUGCUAUCUUUCUCCAUCACUUGUCUACUGGAUACAAGUGGGAACUUGUAAAUCCAAAUGCAGAGAUGGAAUAUCUGUCUCAUCAAAGGCCAGCAGAUGGAGUCGAGAUUUCAAUUACCAAAAUAUGAUGCACUUACUCGAUGCAUGGACCAACAGUACUUCUGAAUUUGGUCAAAAAGUUCACCUGCAGAUUUUUAUUUUGGCUGCUUUUGCCCUAGCUCCUAAAUCGCCCUACAGUACUCCAAAAUAAAUAAACAAAUGAUUCUCUCACGAGAUUCCUGUAUCCCAAUCGUAUUCCUGGGUGGCUAUAAAUUCCAUUCUUGGGUC